GAAAAUUAGGGGAUUUAAUGGCAAUGGCUAACCUUAAGUUUUUAGCUUACGUUCAUGUGUUUGUACUUCAUUGAAGAAAAUGCCACGUUUUUCUUUGAAAUGGUUGUACUCCUGAUGUGUAUGGUGGUUUGCGCUUAGGAUAUUAGUGUGGUAAUAGCUAAAAGGGGGGAGAGAGGGAAGAGGCUUUUAUGAGAUGAACAGCGAUCAACACAUGGAUAUGCAUUACAUAAAUACAAGUUUUCCUUAUUGUGUUCCAGAGAAUUCCACAUACUACUUUGAUGGUUCUCAGGCCUAUUUGCAUUACCCAAAUUCUCAGCAAGUUCAUAAUGAGGAAACUACUUACUGGACCAUGAAUAUGAAUUGGUACAAAUUUGGAUUUUCUGGAAUGGAAAGUUCCUAUUACAACCCUUACGAGAGUAGUAACCAUUUAUCAACGAUGGAUAUCACUGAGCAGCAGAAUUUGAACUACCAUGUCAUGACGAAUGCCCAAGAACCUUUAUUAGUGGACAUAGUAGAGUCAACAUCAGAUGACAAUGCAAUCCCAAGUUUAGAUGCUAACCCCGAAGAUAUAGGCAGUCCAACACAGCAAGAUGGCUCUAAUGAUCAGGUCAUUUUGGAAGAUGAUAUUGAUCCUGACAACAUGACAUAUGAGGAGCUGCUGGAUUUAGGCGAGACAGUUGGAACACAAAGUCGCGGUCUUCCCAAAGAACUGAUAGAUCUCCUUCCAACCUCUAAAUACAAGUGCAGUUGGAUUUUCUCCAAAAAAAGAUGUGGGGAGAGAUGUGUCAUCUGUCAAAUGAAGUAUAAACGAGGAGACCGCCAAAUGAACUUGCCAUGCAAACAUGUGUACCAUUCUGAUUGUGUCUCCAAGUGGCUGGGCAUUAACAAGACAUGCCCAGUUUGCAAUGCUGAGGUUUCUAUUGAUGACCGAACCCACCGUUGAAGCAGAGAAAAUUCAAAAUCAGAGUGAUGAAAAUGCAAAGUGACCCAGUGCAUUAUAGGAAAAGACAUGCUAAAAGGAGGAGUAUCCAUUGAUGAAAUGAAACAAGGCAUGGAAGUACUAUUAGGACAGCCAAAGUAGAGCAUUAAUACUAGUGUUUGUUGUUGCAAUAGUUUUAUGUCUCCUUUUUAAAGGUUGGAUUGGUAUUUUUUGCUCUUUCUGCUUACAUAGUGCGGAGUAGUUAGUUUGUAGUAGUAGCGAUUUUUCCUUGAAAGUAGACGCAUUUUAAAACAUGUGGCCUGGGAAUGAAAAUCUUGUAGAGCAGUGUUGAAGUAUUUAUUCAAGAUCUCUUUCUUUUUCCCAAGACUCAAA